GCCGCCGCCGUUGGCCCGGCAUGGCCAUGGCGUCCCCGGCCAUCGGGCAGCGUCCCUACCCGCUGCUCUUGGACCCAGAACCGCCGCGCUACCUGCAGAGUCUGAGCGGCCACGAGCCGCCGCAGCCGCCGCCCCCCGGCCGCUCCUCUCGCCGCUGCGCCCCCGCUCCCCUCUCCACUGCGCGCGGGGCGCACGAGGGGCGCGGCGCCCGGAGGGCUGCCCGGGGGGACCCGGAGCCCCAACCUCGGGCCUCCCGACCCGCUCGCCCUCUCCGGCCUGGUCUGCAGCAGAGGCUGCGGCGGCGGCCUGGGGCGCCCCGGCCCCGCGACGUACGGAGCAUCUUCGAGCAGCCGCAGGAUCCUCGCGUCCCGGUGGAGCGAGGCGAGGGGCACCGCUUCGCCGAACUGGCGCUGCGGAGCGGCCGGGGCUGGUGUGACCUGUGCGGACGAGAGGUGCUGCGGCAGGCGCUGCGCUGCGCUAACUGUAAAUUCACCUGCCACCCGGAGUGCCGCCAUCUGAUCCAGCUGGACUGCAGUCAGCAGGGAGGCCCAUCCCAGGACAGACCCUCUCCAGAAAGCACCCUCACUCCAGUCUUCAGCCAGGUAGGCAGCAAAGCUCAGGGACCGGGCUGGGAACAGCUUCCUCUGGUGUCCUAGACUCCACUUUCUUUGCCCGGGAGCUCUGGUCAGCAGGAGGUGGCAUGAAUACCGCAGGCGUGCUGGAUGUUGGGGUCUCCUGCUAGCCAGACACACCCCUUUCCAAGGGCCUGGGAUGAUGGAACAGGAACAGUGACACAGAGAACUGUGUAGACACUCAGAAGUGCUCUUCAGUGCUCUCCAAGCACAGAGCCUGCUUUGGCCGAGGGCUUC